UCUCGUACGGGGUGGUUCGGUUCGCACUAAGUUUGGUCUGUCAGUUCCCGCGUGUGCGUGUUUACCAACGUUUCGUGAGAAGAAGAAAAUCAAAAUUAACUUUGAAGUGGACAAAUAUUUGGAUAAUAUUAAAAUGGAUCUAUUUAUCAAGGAAACAAUAAUGAACAUGAACAUACAAUUUAAAAAUUAAGGAGAGCACAAAUGGGUAAUAUAAAUAAAAUUUAAAGUCAACGCCGAGAGUGCACAGCAAUCUACAGUUUAAAAACUCACACAUUCGUAAAUACAUAUGUAUGCACAACUUAAAAAUUAAGUCUCUCAGCUCCAACAUCAUCAUCACCAUCGCUUUUAUUCAUCAUCAUUUUAGUGGAUGAGCAUAGCAGCUAGCUGAAAAAAGAGAGUAGAUAUAGCAAGAGAGCAAGAGCGCGCACAUUGUUUUUGCUACACGCCCAUAAAAACGGUCGAAUCGAUGGAAAUAUAUACCCGCAGUAGUCAACGUUACAGAAACAACUAAUGAAUUAGCUAAAUAAACAAAUUAAUUAAAUAAGUAACAGCUACAACGAAUAACGGACUAUAACAAAGGCAAAAGGCGAGGAAAACUGACACGCAACGGGCAUUAACAAGCAAAAGCAAAGAGCGCGCCAGCCCCAACUUGGGGCAACAACGAAAGAAAGAGCAAGCGCAAGAAAAAAAAGAGAGCAAGAGAGAAGACAACGAACGUAAACGUGAGCAAAUACACAUAAAAUGUAAACUCGUUGUCAAAAAAUAUAAAACAAGCAGACGCACACAAAAAUUUCGUCUCGUGCUUGGGCACUGCCUUCCAGAUAGAAAUUGCGUCUCUCGCGUGACAACGUGCGUCCAAACGAGCGGAAAGUUUCUGCUGCAGAUUUUAUGCCGCAAAGUCAGUCGGUCAGUGAAAAGUAAACUCAUUGAAGUUGAAAACAGAAAUACAAAUCAAAGCGUGUGUCUCUUGUGCCAAAAAUAGUAAAAAUAAAUAGAAAAGUAAAUAUAAUAAUCAUCAUAGACAGAGUGCGUACGUAAUAGCAAUAUCAUACGAACACAUACGCUGUACACUCAUACAAACGUCUGUGCACACAUACAUACACGUAUGUACAUACAUACUUGUGUAAAAAUAUCGAUUUUUUGAGCUACCCGCUGUGUAAAACAUUUCAAAAUUCGCGUCGACGACCUCGACACAGCCACAUCCACAACCACAAACGCGACGCGGUGCUAGUGUGCAAAAAUAUUUAUAAUUUUGCAAGCCGCACUUAAAAACUAAAUAAAACAAAACAAGCACAAAGAGCGCGCAAACGUGUCUAAUUAGAUUGAGCGACGUUAGUGUUUUACAUAAUUGAAGCAGUUCAAGACGUAUAGAAAAAGAGCAAGAGGAAAACAAUUUGCUGUUCCUGUCGUGGGCAAAGGUAAAGUUACGAGUUCAGUGCCAAGAGGAGGAAGGAGAGGAGACAACGGCAGCAGCAGUUGCCUAAAAGUGCAUAUGCUUAGAUAUCGGCUGGUUUCGACACAUUUUCUGAAGCAACCGUAGUCGGCCCACCCGACGAGAGCAGGCCACAGCGAGUGCACAACUGCAAAAGCAAUAGUAAAGGUAAUAGAAACGGCAACAGCAACAGUGAGAGCGUCGAGCCAAGGCCCAAACUGUAAGUGACGUCACUGUUAACGAAUGCGUUGGCGUUAAUUGUCGCAUUACCGAUCGUCAAAGGAUAAACAUACAAGUCGCACUACUCUGACUCUGUGUCGCAUUAAAAGCGUUUCAGGUACGGCGACCGGCUCAUUUACGCCCCAAUCGUCGCAGUGACAACAGUUGGCAGUGUGCGGUGUAGCUGCCUGAAUUUUGUGGCCUGCAAGGGCUAAUCCCCCAUUGGCCACUUUACGUACGUACGUACAUACCGAGUACAUAGGAAGUUGAGAAGCGGUAUUAAUUUAAAACGCUAGACGCUUGAGACUCAACCGGACCGCAGCAUUUGCAGCAGGCGGCAUCAAUUCGCAUCACACGGGCAUUAUAAUUCAGUCACAACGUAUUCGCUAAGAGUAUUCCGCCUACUCGGUUUGAGCUGUUAUAAUUUAGAUAGCGAAAAUGUGCAGAGAUCGCGAUAUGAGUUUGUCAUAGAUCAGCGCAAUCGUCAAUACAAGGUCAAGAAAAAAAUCAAGCUGAAGUAAGUGGACAGCGCUUGGCUUGGCUUGGCAUCGACUAGACGAAACAGCGACGUGCGUGCAACAAACGCAACAGCGACAAACGACAUCAGAAUAAAACCAAAGUUAACAAAAUAAAAGCCUAAAAGCCAACAAGGAUAAUUACUAAUAAUAAUUGAUUCUUAUUUGUGCGCGUGUUUUGGGCACAACCGGAAAUGUGACUAUUGCAACGGGAUCUGGUGUCGUCCCUCCUCAAUUAUCGGGCCUAACCGAUACGUAAACGCGUUUCUUUUGCCAUAAAUAAGCGUGCGUGUGAUUUCGGGUGUUUGUAUGUUUUUUUUUUGUUAAUAUAACUAAAUAUACAUAUAUGCAAGUAUAUCCUUGUGAGCGUAUUAGUUCAUCGUUUCUGAAGUAGAGAAAUAGCUUAAAUAAUAUUCGUUCGUGUUUUCCUUCAAACGUCGUGCAACUGGCGAACGUACGUGGAAAAAGCAGCAAGAUUGAAGACUUUGGGAGAAAUCUUUGGAAGUCCGUUAAGGCUUGCAUUUGCGGCAUGCGCCAUCCCACAACUGGCCUUAACGAAGACGACUUGAGUCGUCUCACAGGUUCAUCCUCAUCAUCGUCGACCGCCUCGUGCGGCAGCUCAGCUUCAUCAAAUUCCUCGUCAUCGUCGUCGUCUUCCACUCCCGCGGCGGACCACAAAGACACCCUAAACGACGUUCAUCAGCAUCAUGUAGUCCAUCCAUUGAAUACGUCGCAGAGUCCAGAGAAGACUCCUGCGACUCCGGCUACUACAUUGCAUGAGAAGAAUACACUGAAUAACUCACAGACAGCUUCGACGCCACAUUUCACAUCCACCUACCUACCCGAAAUCAUCAAUCCACUUGAAUGGCAAAAAUCGCGUAAGCGCAAGGAGCGUCUAGACAGCAGCUCGACAGGAGCUACACAGGAUCGUAAGCUGCAGCGUUCUAACAGCGAGGAGCUGCUGACAGAGGCCAACAUCAAUAAUAGUGUCCAGAAUGCGGAAGCCUCCCAGCCAGCCGCUAAGACCAACUGCGAGGUCAUAAGACGCGUCUCAUCCGAGGACUUCAAGCGCACGGCCAGCUAUGCCAGCUACCGUCAGGAGUUUGAGCGAGAGGAGGCAGCAGAGCAGCAAGGCUCGGAAAACAAUGCAGCCUUGGCCAAUUUAUUGCAGUCAGCGGAAUCACCUCCGUCGGCACCUUCGCUGCCGCCUCCUCUCAAUGGCACUGGCGAAGUAACCAAGGAUCUAACCUGCCGCACUCGCUUUGAAACCAGCCCGGCUCGCUCCUACCGCCACUCUCCAGUGCGCGGAGGCCCAAAUGGUAAUGGCCGUCAUCGCGACAGCGACGACAGCGAGUGCGAGCAUGAGCGGAGACGCAGCAGUGAGCGAUUCUGCAAGACGCGCCAGCCACCUGGCCGUAAAUCAGGCGUUACAAAGAAGGGCGGCAGUAUUGGGUCAGCAGUUAGCCGGUAUUUGCCCUCGAAGCGUGGAGAUGAGAGCGCCUAUAAAUACGAUUUGUCGGCUUUGAAAUACGAGCGCAGAGGUUUCAUUAGCAGCAAGAAACAUCAGCAGCAGCAACAACAGUCGCAGACUGCUGGCAGCGAUCACAACGACAACAAUCUGAUUGAUUUUCAUCAGCAACAACAGCAACAACAACAACAGCAGCAGCAGACGCAGCUAAAGCGCAGCUCCAACAUCUCGCCAACACCGACCACCUCCUCCUCGGCAGGUAGUGAUGAUACCACGCCAACGCCCACAUCUGCGCAGCCAAUUAAAAUGAAGGCACCACAUCGUCACAAUGUCGACUUCACCUCUGCGCAGGAGUCGCUGCCUUGGGAGCGUGUCAAUGACGAGCCGGCCCCAGUGCUCAGUCGUCGCUAUGCCCACUCCCGUCAUCAUGCCGUCGACAGCAUCGACGCGGCCGCCCAGCUUGCCAAGGUGAUGCCCUAUCCACAACAGCUGCCCAAGCAGGCCAGCGUGCAGCUGAUGAAUGAGGACAUGGAUUGUUUGGAGCCGAUGGAUGCGGUCCGCGCUUUCAGUUCACUGGAGAACAUGCGCACGCGGGACGUUAUGCAGCAAGUGUUGCCUGCCAUGAUGGCCUUCCAAACGCCCGAGGAGCGCCUGAAGGUGAUCAACCGACGAGUGACCGUACUGAAGAAGAAGCUCGUGCAGCUGGAGGAGUCGCUGGAGCAGCGUCUGGGCUAUCGUCCCUCGCAGGCGGAGCGUCUAAAUGAUAAAUACAUUAAGAAUGUGCUCGCCGAGCUGAGCAAGCUGCGCAAAGAGCGUCACGAGCUCAAGACUGAUCCCCUGGCGACGUUGGGUCGCAAAGUUGGAGGUGGCGGCGCCUGCGGCCAGGAGGCUGCUAAGAAGUUAGAAAAAAUGAAGGCGACUCUCAACGAAAUCGAGCAGAAUCUCAAUGAGAAACGCACGCAAGCCCAACGCUCGGAAUCGCUUGAGGAGCUGACGCCAGACCAGUUGGUACAGGAAAAGAGUGCCGUGCAGCAUGGCCUGCUCUAUUUUGAAUCCCUAUACGGACAUCCCAUCACUAAGGAGGAGCGCGAUGCGGCGCGCCCCCUUUACGAGCGCUAUCGUCAGCUGAAGCGCAUGGUUUCACGCACCGUCAUGUUUGGUGGCGGCGCCGGAAUUCCCGAGCUGCCCACCAUAUUGGAACACGAGGCCAUGGUAUUCGAGUCAACGCCUCUGCAGUACUCAUCAAACAACAGCACUGAGACCACAAAUUCACCCAGCGACUCUAUGGCGCCAAAUACCCUUACCCAUAAUGCUUCCUCGGAUGAGUCAACGACCACCACCACCACAACAACCACCGCACCACCAGUUGAACAAGUCGAGGCAGCAGCCAGCGAGAAUAUUAGUGCGUUGAGUCUGGACCAGUUGUGGGAGCAGCUGGAGCGUGUGCGUGAUGAGAAGACGCUUUUGAAGGCCACCAUACGGGAGUACGAGUCCAUAUUCGAGGAGCAGAAUGGCCGCAAGAUGCUAAAGAAUGAUCGCAAAUCGCUCGAAACGGAGACUUAUGCCCAGUACAAGGAGAAGAAGGCCAAGGUACGGCUGCUCCAAGCGCUAAUCAAGAAACACAUCGGGCAUUAAAUGAGAAAAAUAUAUUACGAGUCACCAUCAAGUUUGUUUCACAUUCAUGCCACAAAUAUUUAUUUCAUACCCUACACAAACAAAUAUGUUUAUUCUCUUAAGUAUGGAUAAAAAGAGAAAAUAUAAAUAAAAAAACAAGUAGUUUUUAGAUUUACCAUAUAUUCUAUAAUGAUACAUUUUAUGAAUAUUGUUGAUUCCUUAUAGUUUUUUAAAAACAUAAAAAACAAUUAUUAUACCAAUAAUAAAUGAAAAAAUAUGAAGAAGCUA